CAUCCAUCUCAAAAAAGAUAGAUGGCGGUGAUAGCAGCCGCUAGAACAUGCGGAUUAUCGUGAAAAGACAAUGGAGUGAAAGUUUUAGAUGCAAGCAGGUGCGGCCAUCAUUUUUUUAAUGUCCGCUCUGUUCCUCACAUCCCAGGUUGCUUCCCUGGUGCUCCGACCAGCCCCCUUUCUCCGCCGACGGAUAUCAGUGGAGGGAAAAAGCCGGCUUUCGUUUCGGCCUAUGGCGGCGGCAGAACCGGCGUCCGGAGAUGGACUAAAGAAAGGUAUAGCGGAGUUCUACGAUGAGUCGUCAGGGAUUUGGGAGAAUAUAUGGGGGGACCAUAUGCACCAUGGUUUCUACGAGGCGGACUCGUCCGCGACUUUGGCCGGCCACCGUGACGCCCAGGUCCGGAUGGUCGAGGAGGCUCUUCACUUCGCCGGAGUUUCAGAUGAUCCGUUGAAGAAGCCCAUGAGAAUAGUUGAUGUUGGGUGUGGGAUUGGUGGCAGUUCCAGGUAUCUGGCAAAGAAAUAUGGAGCCCAAGUCCAAGGCAUUACCUUAAGCCCUGUUCAAGCUAAGCGUGCUCAGGACCUGACCAUGGCUGCGGAGCUUGCCGACAAGGUAUCAUUCCAGGUUGCUGAUGCUUUGGAUCAGCCCUUUCCAGAUGGCCAGUUUAAUCUUGUUUGGUCCAUGGAAAGUGGUGAACAUAUGCCCGACAAAGAAAAGUUUGUAAGAGAGUUGGCGCGGGUCGCAGCACCAGGUGGCAUCAUCAUAAUAGUCACAUGGUGCCACAGAGAUCUCUUGCCCUCAGAGGAAGAACUAAAGCCUGAUGAGAUUAAUCUCUUGAAUAAGAUAUGCAAGGCUUAUUACCUGCCCAAGUGGUGUUCUGCAGCUGAUUAUGUUCAUAUAGCCGGGUCCUUACCGCUCCAGGAUAUUAAGCGAGCUGAUUGGUCUGAUAAUGUUGCACCAUUUUGGCCUGCUGUUAUUAAAUCGGCAUUAACCUGGAAUGGCCUUACUUCUCUGUUGCGAAGCGGAUGGAAGACUAUAAAAGGAGCACUUGUGAUGCCUCUAAUGAGCAAUGGCUAUAAGAAGGGGCUCAUUAAAUUUACAAUAAUUACGUGUCGUAAGCCAGAAUAAUUCUACCUUUUUUUCUUUUAUUUAUGUCCAUGGCCUUGUAAUAAAUCAUAUAGAUGUAAUGCUCAAGUAAGAAUGCGAAGACAACUGGAUUGACAAUCCUAAUAUUAAUUUUAAUUCAGUUUGUUAUUUUAUUA